AUGAAUGCGCGGAAGACGGACUUCAAAGAACACCUUAAGGCCGAGUUCAAAGGCGAAUUGGGGCCGCUGCACGAGAUCGAUCGCGAUGAAAAUGAAUUCUGUACCCGACUGAAGAAGAAGACUCGGGUUUAUUGCCCUGAGGGCAGUGACAGAAUGCUGGGGGUAUGGCUAAUUUAUUUCGUGGUCUCCAUUGCGCUGUGCAUGAAUGUUUAUGUGCUGCUGAAUCGAGUGGACACCAUCUUCUAUCUGAGGCUCUAUCAGUUGGUAAGCUUAUGAUGGCUUGUUGAAAAAUCAGAGGCUUUCAAGACGCGACAAGAAAAUUUUGUUGGAUUCUAAAGCAUAGUUUGCCGUAGUUUACUUAUUAUCAGUCUGUCGGGAAAAUAGUGACCACAAUAUCGUUUCGCGCUGAAAUGAAAAGCAAUUUGAUUUUGUUUCAACACAAUUAAUGUUCGAUGCGACUUUCUGUGCUACAGGGUGCUCAUUAUUUUCCCGACAGACUGAUUUUGAUAUGUUGACAGCAGCAGUAGGGAUAUACGGCUGUUAUUUUGUUCGAGAGAGUAUGUAAAAUUAGGAGACUCUGCCAGGCAAAAAACAGUUCUUUUGGCCACGGUUUUGCGAAUUUAACUUGCGCAAUAAACAACGUACAAAUACCCAUCUUGACCUUCUUGACCUAAAAGUCACAAACAACGCCAGAAAAUUUUAGUUUAUGCCGUGAAAGAUUUCACUCUUUUUGAGUCCUAAAAGCUCCGAAAUUGUAUCAAAAUAGCCUAAUAAUUCUUAAUCUGCAGGUAGUCUCGAUGAUCAUGAUCAUAACCACCUUUGUAAUGCUCGAAUUUAUGUGGUUUGCCCGCUGCAAUGUGGCCAAGUUAUACCGACCACACACUCUUCCACGGCCCAUGUUAUUCAGCGGUCUUAUGUUGACCGUCGGCAUUGUGCUCGGCUACGCCUAUUUUGUAGUCUUCAACUUGACAUUUAAAGUAAGUUUUUGGCUGUAGAAUAAUGAAGCUGCUAAACUAAUUUCGUAUUUUACACUGUUCUCAAAAUUUAGGACUGUGAUGAGCUGGUAGAUGCUCAUGAUCAAAACGAAGUGUGGCUGGAGAUAAUCUACGACGUUACGAUGAUUUUGUUUUGCAUUCUUAGCUUCGUUUAUCUAAUGCAGCGGUCGUAUUACGGAACGUUGAAUCAAAAGGUGGAUCAUCUGCGGAGAUUGUGGAUCAACGCCGCAGUUUACAUCGUGUGGCUGCAAGUGGUGGUGAAUAAGGGCUAUUUGAGUCAUCAGGUAGGCUUAUAUAGUAUAUAAUAAAUAAAUUAACCUCUUGAAAACACUGAUUUUUUGGUUUAUGAAUCAAAAUAUGCAAUUUCAGACGCUAUGCCAACGAAAAGAACUGAACGGGUCCAUGUGGUGCCCAGGGGUUCAGCGGCAAUACACUUGCAACACCUCGGACUUACAAGGAACCCGUCAAGUGUGGUAUUAUUUGAACAAGGGCCUUCUCAGUUCGGCAAUCACUGCGUGUGCUUCCGAAUUCUUUCCAGUGGUCCUAGUUGCUCACUGGUUGGUUUGCGGAGGUGCUGAGGAGAGAGCAGAAGAUUUGAUUCGAAGACAACGGGUAAGAAGGGAGUGUAGUUGACACUAAAAACCGCUUGGCUUGAUUUGAUGACUUUUUUGGACAACGAGGUCAGAAAACUAUCCAAAAAAUGUCGAACAUGCAAAAAAGUGGCUGUUUUUUUGAGGAGAACUUACCCCAAGUGCGACGCUCAGAUUUUGAUAAAGCUUGGCACAAAUUUAGAAUAUUUUUUUCUAAGUUGUAUGCGAUAAUCCUAGCUUGCGCUUAGCAGAAAUAACCGAGAUUUUUUGAUCGAAAGUCGGCAAAAAUUUGCCAAUUUUUGCAGAACUUUGACACGAAAAGUUUCAUACCUAUUUCUACCGCAAAGGAUAGUGUUUCCGCAAGAAAUAGAUUUCUUCCGUGCAAAACUAGCGAAGUUAUGGUGUUUUUUCUCUGAGCGCUCUCCGCGUUUAGCAUACUCCCUCGGCCGCAAGGAUUGUUGAAUAUCUCGGCUUCGCCUUCAAAGCGCGAGAUAAAACUUUGAGGAAUUGAUAUUUAGUCUAUUACCGACGUGUGUGCAAAAUUCAAGGAAAAUCUGAGCGUCGCACUUGGGGUACUUCCUUUGUAAGUUUGGUCAUUUUUCUGAUAAACUAAGGCUCUAAAAAGGCCAUAAAAUGUCUUCAGCUGGCCUAAUAGACUUUCAAAUUUUCUCUAGGCCUUAUUUACCGUUCAAUUAGUAGUUAUAUCGACAAAUCGGGAUGAUUAUUGUGCUAUAUAAACCUGAAUUUACAAUGUCUUCAAUUUUCAGCAAAAGAAGAGUGUCCGCCGAGUCCUGCAGCGCUUUAUCACGGAUAUUUCUCGAGUUGUUGGAGGCAGGGCGAAGAAGCCACCAAUGCCUCCACUAAUAACCUCGCCCUUCCUCCAAACGUGCCUUAUGAUCACUGCGUGGACCUCCGGAAUCUUCGUUGUCGGCCAAUGGUUCGUCCGAUUUUACUACACCAUUCUGUUCGACAAACUUCAUGCUCAAGGCUGGAUGACCGACUACUAUGUGCAGAUUGGGGUGGGAAUCAUGCAGGUCAUCUUUCAUGCAAUGGUAAGUACUGACACCACAAAAAAUUCAACUUUUUUUAAUUGUUUUAGGUGUUCCAUUGGGCGGCCAAAGUUGAGGAACGCCGAUUUGACGCUUAUCACAAGGCUGAAGCCCGAGGCGAUGUGGUUUUAAUCCUGGGAUGCUGUAUUUUACUGACAAUCAAGUUUGUUCUUCAAGUGGUCGAAAUGGAUUAUCAAAAGAAUGAUGGGUUUUUGAAUAGUACCGGAUUUGUCAUGAGGAUCUUUGGACUUCUCACAACGACCGUAAGUUUGAUUUUGUUACAAUCUUCAAAACUUAGAUACAAAACACACUCGUAUCGCUUUAAAAAAACGGAAAAGAUUACGGCAUGUGAGACCCUAGUGAAGUAAAAAUUAACUGUGUAAAAAAUGACUUCUUUUCACACUGUUCCCUCUCCUUUUGCCCUCUCGAAACGCCACAGUAAAAGAGCGCUCGAGGGCCGCGGCGAGAUGGCCGAGUGGUCUAAGGCGCUGGUUUUAGGCACCAGUCUCUCCGGAGACGUGGGUUCGAAUCCCACUCUCGUCAGAAACUGUUUUUUUUAUUUUUUUGGUAAUUAUUCUUCUAAAAAAAUAUAUCGCGUAUGACAAAGCCUGUAAAAUUUUUUGAGUCUCUUAUAUCCAAAAAAAAAUUGAAAAUGUUAAAAUUCAAAUUUCAGGCCUCCCAAUGGCUCCAAUUCUUCUCUCUACGCCGAAUUCUGGCGCUAAGUAACCGCGAUAUGAAAGCCAGCCGACGAUUCUUACCCAGCAUUGCCAUAGCAUCAUUUAUGGCCAACGUGGUCAACUUUGGGCUGACUUAUUUCGAAACGACCAUCAUCAAAUAUCAGAUCGGCCACGAAAAGGAGUUUGGGUUCAGCGCGGUGACUUUGAUGAGCAUGAUUGUCACACAGAUCCUAUACCCGGCCGAUUAUCUCUACGCGUUCACUGUGGCUGGAUGCUGGAUGGAUCUGAUUUAUCGGUAAGCCGAGAUUUUUACAUAUUAUAUCGUAUUGUAUCUUAUAUUACAUAUAGUCAUUUUUCGGAUCAAAUGUAUGUAAAAUUUGUCUCUUUCCCGCAAAAAACUCGAAUUUUGGCUUUAAAAAUGUUCUUCCUUUCAUCACAUUGACUUAGAUUACAUUGAGCUUACUGUAAUAUCUCUUUUAGAUACACCAGAAUCGGCUACUUUCAACUAGGACCCCCUCAUCUGGAUCAACAGCUCGAAUUCGACUUAUUCGAAGACCGUCGAAACUCGGUCAAAGCCAAUCGAAAAGUCUCCAAAUAUCGUCACUCAAUGCCCGACAUUGCCAUCAACGGAGUCAUAGAUUGA